AUGACCAUCACAUACCGAGCUGCUCGCCUGUUGACGAGUAGUGAUGCCGAGAUUAUCCAGGACGGUGUAGUUGUAGUUGAUGGAGAGCUAAUUACAGCAGUUGGCCCAUGGUCAACCGUCAGUACCUCCUUGGGAAACUCGCAAGUGAAAGACCUUGGCGACGUGACUUUGAUGCCGGGGCUCUUUGACUGCCAUGUCCACCUCCAGCUGGAUCCUACCGGCAUGAGCACGACAAAGGUCACCCUGACCGAUGAAGAACUGCUCCCUCUCAUGGCCAAGCACGCAGCCAAGCUCCUGGACGCCGGCGUGACCACCGCGCGGGAUCUCGGAUCUCGAGGGCUGACCGUCAUCACCAUCCGUGAUCGCAUCGCCCGGCACGAGAUACCAGGCCCGCGUAUGCAGUGUGCCAACGCGCCACUCACCGUCCCCGGCGGCCACGCUUGCAGCAUGGGCGGCGAGUGCCAGGGCGUGGAGCAGUGUAGGCAGCUGGUGCGGCAGCACAAGGCCGAGGGCGCGGAUCUGAUCAAAGCCAUGGCCACGGGCGGCUUCCUCACUCCUGGCACCCAUGUAUGGGAGGCUCGGUACUCCCAGGAAGAGAUGGAUGCCAUGGCGGACGAGGCGCGCAAGUGCGGUCUCCCCAUAACUACGCAUGCUAUCGGAACAGAGGGCAUCGAGAGAGCAGUUGAGGCGAGAUUCAACUGCAUUGAACACUGCUCUUUUCUGUCUACCAACCGUAGGGCCAAGUUUGAGCCUGAGAUAGCAAAGAAGAUGGUGGAGUAUAAUGUGUCUGUCUGUCCGACGAUGAACACAGCAUGUAGCCACGAUAACUACUUCUGUCCCUGGGAUGCUAGAGAAGCUGUGAUGGAAGUCCUGGGUUCUCUUCGGAAGGCUGGUGUCAACGUCGUCGUCGGCACCGAUUCUGGCAUUGGACAUUGCCAUUUCGAGCGGUAUGCCGAUGGACUCUUCGCCAUGGCCGAUGCAGGAUUCACUACUCGCGAGAUCAUUGCUGCGGCUACUGAGAAGGCGGCUCGGGUCUGCCGGCUCGAGGGUGUGACCGGCAAGCUUGCAAGAGGCCUUGCGGCUGAUCUGGCUGCCUUUGCUGGUAACCCAUUGGAGGAUAUCAAGGCCUUCGAGCACCCACGCUUUGUCAUGGCUCGUGGCGAGGAGUAUAAGCAACAGCCAAUCCCUCCAAGAGAGGACCUGACUGAGAUCAAAGACCAGGUCAUCAAGAUGCUUCGGGAUGGCGCCGGCAUAUAA